AGGUAAUUGUUCGCGAGAUCGGAAUAAACGUGUCUUCUGUAGGUGUGUCCUCUUCAUCAGCUUAGUUCGUGGUGAGGACAAAACAACCUUCUACGCCAUGGGCAGUAGUUGUUGCUGUCCGAAGAACAAAGAGGAUUCAUUCGAACAACUGUGCGAGUCGUCUAAUGCGUCUGAUAAUGAAACGAUAUCUACGGUCGAUGAUCAGGAUUCACAGGCCAAUAGAUCGACGUACGGAGCAACAACAACACCAAAGGCGGCAAUAUGGAAUAGAACGUCUGAUAAGGGAUCAAAGAGAAGGAAUGACGGAGGAAAGCAAACAAUACAAUUGCUUGAAGCUGAAAUAAAAAUGCUGCGGGACAGGAUUAAAGAAGAAGAGGUGAGGAUACAGGAUCUUACAACUGAGAAAGAAGACUUCAUACACGAAUUAGAUGAUUUGAGGACAAGGCUGAGUGCUGUGAUAAGUGCCCAGGUUACCGACUCAAACCCGAACAUUGCCGACCUAAGCGACCAAAACAGACCCACCAAACUGGCUGAAAGAUACUCGGAACUCUACGACAAUCAGUGGACUGAAUGUUACGAAGGGUUGACGAAAAAUCUGAACUGUAACGAGAAGGAGUCUAUAACAUGGAUAUUGGGGUUAUUUAUUAAUAUAUUCCAAGCAUGUGAGGAAAAAGCUACUAAGGAUUUGGAACAAUUAAGAGAAGUGUUGAAAGAGUUUCAGUCAGGUACAACAGAAACUUUGAAAACGCUGAAAGACAAGAGAAAGAAAUCUUCGAUGGUGCCCAAGGACCAGAUUACGACUAAAUUGGACGGUCGUUUUGCCGAGAAAAAACAAGAAAUCGCCAUAGCAGAGAAGUUUAUCAAUGAAAGCGUUGAGCUUUGCUGGCUUAUGGCUGUACAAGACCCACCAGUUUAUGUGGACAGUAACGUCAACAAACAUAAGCAACCUCUGGACAAAAACCUUUACAAGUACUACACACAGAAAGGCAAACUGGUUGACUAUGUCGUUUGGCCUGUGUUGUUUCUCAAGAAAGACGGUCCUUUGUUGUCAAAAGGCAUAGCACAGGGGUUUGUUGAUCAAAUGCAAAGUGAAGACCAACAAGCAAUGGUAGGAGGCAGUGGAGAAAAUACUGAAACAAUUGACACACACUUUUAGAGCCAAUGUGUUUGGAAUCAUUUUUUAAUAGAAAUGAAAUUGCAUUAAAUAUUCAUUAUUAUAAUUAUUAGUUUGUAUCUAUUUGUAUUUCACUGAUUCUUUUACAAAAGCGUUCUAUUAUCUUUGCUAACACAUUAGUAUCAAUGUAUUCGAAAUCAUGAUGUUAAACUGAUUUUGUGUUUAUUUUAAAUAUCAUUUAAGUUGUGUUAGUUUAGAGAUGUAUUCUUUAAGAGAAGAAAACGUUCAUGCGUAAGGAAAUAUCGUUGUUAUACAAUGACAUUCCAUAUUUAUCAAUCAUGGAAAAUUAAUAAUGUGUACAAUAUUCGAAUUAAAGGUUGCGAUUAGAUUGAAACAAAUUUCUAACAUAAUGCAUAUUGUAAGAGCAAUGGCUGACAUUAAUUUUAUAAUUUACUACUUGGGAAUUAAUUUCUUAAAAAAUGACUAUGAACUAUCUGAAGAAACCUAACACGAACUGAUGCCAUGAAGUGUUGUUUCAAAUGUGUGAACAUUAGGCAUGCGCUAACAAGCCUUGUUCGUUAUAUAAUUAAGUUCGUUAAACACAAUCCAGAUAAAAGGAGUAAGUUCGUACUAGGGAUAUAAGGGACCCUGGAUAUGAUGAUCACAUCUGAAAGAUCCCGAAAAGCUCAUUAUAUUCGGACUCGACUGUAUAUCUUUGGCUCUUGAUAUUGACGAACUAAAAACUACUGAUAAACAGAAAUUUGAUUUUCUUACAUCAAAAUUUAUAAUGUACUGCUAAUAUAAGUACAGUUCAGUGCAUAUUUCCGAAUUAUAUUUGUAUUACAUUGAUGUUUUACAAAAGCGACCUGUCAUCUUUGUUAACACAUUGGUGUAAAUAAUUCACCAUUAUGUGGUAUAAUAAAUUAUGAUUACCUAUUGUA